AUGUCUAAUGAGAUUAAAAUCAAUUUAUCCUUCAACCUACCACCUUUCAGCAGAGUGCAAAGUCAACAACUUUUGUUGAACCUUAGUUGUCCAAACAUCCGAAAAUGGAUGAAAAGUUUAUGGAGCGAACUUAGAUUUUUUGAUCGCCAUAUGCUUUUUAAUGCUUUUUGGGGUUUGCAGUUGCAGAAUUCAGUUAAGCAGACAUUUCUUGAUAAUUAUAGAAACCUGUGUUGGUGA